AGCAUCGUCAGCGCUACGCCGUGUAACAAAACAAGCUCCCCGGUGAUUACCGGUGGGAGGAGUUAUGUCUGUUUUCUUUUUUUGUCACAUGAAACUAAAGCUUAACCGAAAGAAGAACGUACUAAAAUAACACGCUGCGGGAAUUUAGGCGAAUAAAUCGAGUAAAAAUGGCUUUAAGUAGGAAAUCUUCGGACGAAAUCAGGGAGCUGCUCGAUGAAUACGGGAUAAAACACGGACCUGUGGUCGACUCCACCAGAGGUCUGUAUGAGAAGAAGCUGAAAGAGGCCAUGGCCAAAGAUAAAAAAGCGAAACCAUCACCUGACAAAACCUACUACAGAGAGGAAGAGGAGGAAGUCACGUACCUGUACAGGACACCGAUCAGAAACGAGGCCUCAGGAGACAGCGGGACGUACAUGAGGUCGAGACCAGAGUGGAGCGCGAGGGAUUAUGAACAUGAGACGUCCUACUCAGGCUACUCAAGCUCCAAGCCUGAAUACAGCGGAAGAGGCUUCGCUGAUGCGACGUCCUACACGAGCUACUCAAGCUCCAAGCCUGAAUACAGCGGAAGAGACUUCACUGAUGCGGCGUCCUACUCCGGCUACUCCAGAUCCAAGCCUGAAUACAGAGGAAGAGACUACGUUGAUGAACCCUACACGUACAGCUCGCCGUCCACCUACAGAACCUCCUAUUUGAAAUCAACGCCCACGAAAUCGGAUCAAGAAGCUCCAAAGUCGCCCCGCCUCAUCCCCCUGUGGGUUCAGUUCGUGUUCUUCCUGGUUGUGGCCGUCUUCCUUUACAUAGUUUUUUCCAAUAUGGAGGCAAAUGAAUCCUUCAAAGGGAUACAAUGAUUUUCUUUUUAAUUCAUGCUAAAAGCUACUUUAUUUUUGCAUUUUAAUUUGAAGAAUGUAUCUCAGUUAUCGGGCUGCACAGUGGCUCGGUGGUUGCCACUAUACUUACCCGUGCUUUUAGGUAGAAUUGAGAGCUUCAGCGCAGCAUCACUUUAAAAACACACUACAUCCUUCUUAGUCUUACCUGCAGAGCAACGGUCGGUCCAUCCAGAUGGUUUCAGCGUGAACUGUUGAGGUUUUAGAGGUAAUCAGUCAGUUUACUCCAACUAAUAAGCCGUAGUCGCACAGAAAAUAUCCACAGAUUUCUCAGAUAUCACACUAAGAUGUCUCAUAUUUCGACACUUGAUAUUUGGGUUUUUGUUUGAUACACGAAGCGCCAUAAACCGCAAAAAAAGGAGUCCAGUCCACUCCAGUGUAUUGUGCUGAGCUUUGGACAUUUAUAUCAAAUCUCUGCAGUUCAGUCUGUCUGUCUGCAUGGGGACAUUCAGGUGAUACUGUUUUAUUCUCCAUAUCCGGUCUGUGAUGGGCUAAUAUCAUUUCAUAUUCAAACUGGACAGCAUACAUACGAUACUCAGAACAUAGUUCAAAUCUCAGAUUGCAUCAGCUGCAUUUCAACAUGUUUUAACUGGUUUGUAGUUUUUUCUUAGUACAGCAAAUUCAUUGAAUACAAUUUGAAUCCAUAUUUCAAAAUAACAAAAACACCCGUACUUGUGGCACAGUUUUCUAAUCAAUCUGUAUCAAAAGAUCUGUUUAUCAUAAAAAAACAAAAUUUUUUCCAGCUAUACUACUUGGAAAUAAUUGUAUUUAUAAGUCUGUUAUUCAUUCACUGUGUAUUUUUAAUGUAAAGAUUUACCAAAUUCUUGUAGUUUCCAUGAACUUAGUUUACAACUGUGCUUCCCUUUUUCUGUUAUCAGACAGAUUUCAGACCAGCUGUAACACAAGUGCCUCAGUUUUUGUGGGAGUAAUUGGAAUAUAGUUGUUCUUGUUUUUCAGUGUUAAAUUAACAAAAUAGGCACAGAGUUUCUGGGUGAAAAUAUAUUUCAAAAACAAGCUGUAAUGCCAUGCUUUGUUUCAGUAUAAUCAGCUCAGAUGUCACACUUUUGUACUACAUGAUCCAGCAUUUAUAUCCCACCAGUUUGUUGUGAUUUGUUUUGUAUUGCUGUUUCAUAAUUAAAAAUAUGAAAUGUA